GCCGGGAACGAGCACCGCCCGGGCAGGAGCGGACGGCGUGCAUGGCGUAGAAGAGCCAGGCUGCGGCGCGCGGCGGAGAGGCUCCUGGGAAACUCCCACGGCCCAAGGACUUUGGAAAGGAGAGAGAGAGCUAGGAGCCCCUGCGCGCGCAAGUCUGCAAGUGAGCGCUCAGCCCGGCACCUGUUCCUCCCGCGCCGCAGCCUCUCCUCCCCUCGGACCCGCGCCUCCCCGGACGCUCGCCCGCUCCCGCGAUGAAUCCGGUGCUGGGCAACCAGACCGACGUGGCGGGCCUGUUCCUGGCCAACAGCAGCGAGGCGCUGGAGCGCGCGGUGCGCUGCUGCACCCAGGCGUCCGUGGUGACCGACGACGGCUUCGCCGAGGGCGGCCCGGACGAGCGCAGCUUGUACAUCAUGCGCGUGGUGCAGAUCGCGGUCAUGUGCGUGCUCUCGCUCACCGUGGUCUUCGGCAUCUUCUUCCUCGGCUGUAACCUGCUCAUCAAGUCCGAGGGCAUGAUCAACUUCCUGGUGAAGGACCGGAGACCGUCUAAAGAGGUGGAGGCGGUGGUCGUGGGGCCCUACUGACCGGUCCCCCGGCUCCCGCGCAGCCACCCCCAUGCCUCCCCACUUCGCCAGCCCGGCUGCGCCCCUCACCAUCAGAGACUGGGCGAAGCAAACCUGUCGGAGUCAAUGAUUUCUCUUGACUUACACCUUUCGGGAUGAAGCGACCGGUUUCUCGCUCACCCUCUGAAAGUCCCCGUGCCUGUAGGAGAAGAGCUCCUGACUUCUGGACUCUGCAGCAAGUGGCAAGAAGAGGGUGAUUAGGGAGCAGAACUUUGGAAGCUGCCGCUUGCGUGAGAUGUGGGGAGACAGACGGGGCGAAGGCCGUUCUCCACCCUCAGGUGGGCCAAGCGCUGGGGACAGGUGAAGAGGGCGGUCAGGGGAGAGACCCAGCGGCACCUAUCACCUGGUGACCGGAAAAGUGACUUGUUUAUACGCCGCACAACAGACCUAAUGGGGACGCACAAAUCCGUGUCCGGAUGCGCGCCCACUCUCUCCUGCUUCCUCCAGCCCUGGCGGGGAGAGGCGAUAAAUACCUUUGAUUGAUCGUAACGUGCCGUUUUAAGGGAUUUUGUUUGUUUGCUUGAAUUUGUAUAUUUGAUAAGUCCUUUUCUGCCCCAGUGGCCUGUUUGCCUGCCUGGGGGUAGAGUUUUGUCACGGGAGAAGGGGUGGGGGGAGGGGGAGCUUGCGAAUAUGAACGGGGUGAGUCGUUUCUUUUAGUGCAUUUCCAACUGGGUCUUUUUUGGGGGGGCGGGGGCGGGCAAGUGUUCCAGCUGACCCCGGGACAGAGACCCAGGAUAGAACUCGUAGCUCGUGACUGCACGGUUUACGCCACAAAAGUGCUCUUGACAUCCGUGACACCGUUUUGACAUUUUUUUUUUCUUAUUUAACAUUUCCUUAAUAAAUGCAACAUUUAAGUGUUU